UCCCAUGGCGCCCAAACCACAAAGAGAUGAGUUUCACUCUCCACAUCAAGUCACUAAUUCCAAAUCCGGAGAAUCGGAAGAGUGCUUCACGCCGUUGAAAGCGAAAGCCGGGUCGGGUGGCAAGAUGUCGUCUAACGGUAAGAUAUUCAGCGAGGACGACGUCGUUUGCUUGUUGAAAAGGCUGGCCGAUUUCUGGGCUAGUGGAAAGAGCAACAAGUGGGUUGAGUUCCACCGGUUCGUCAAGGAUGAUCUUUCCAAAGAAUAUACGCACCGCCAGGUGUCCGAGAAGAUCCGAAGCCUCAAUGACAAGUUCCACUAUGCUCGGGUGAAGCCAUCGGACCCUCAUGAAGCCACGGUGUACAUGCUCUCCAAAUUGUUGUGGGAAGAUGAAUUGAAUGACCAAAACAAGAAGAGAAAACCCAAGAAGAAGAGGAAGACCAAUACCAAUGAAACCACUCUUGCUUUCCAUGAAUCAUACAACAAAACCAAUGAAGAUGAUCAGGCCAACACCAUUCUUGCUAGCGGUGAGUCAUACAAGAAAAUCAAACACAAUAAGAAGAGGAAGAAGACCAAUGAAGAUGAGGCCAACACUAUUCUUUCUAUUGCUGAAUCAUACAACAAAACCGAUGAAGGUGAUCAUGCCAACACCAUUCUUGCUACCGGUGAAUCAUACAAGAAAAUCAAACGCAAUAAGAAGAGGAAGACCAAUGAAGAUGAGGCCAACACCAUUCUUGCUACCGGUGAAUCAUACAAGAAAAUCAAACACAAUAAGAAGACGAAGACCAAUGAAGAUGAGGCCAACACCAUUCCUGCUAUUGGUGAAGGAGAGCGAGAGGAUGAGAUUGGAUUGGAUGAAUUUGAGUGUGAAUAUCCCUACUUGUGUGCCUCAUUUAAGAUGCCUGGUUGUCCGAAGCUCUCCAUCAAGGAACGUGCUUCGAUUGGGAGAAAGUGCGCUCAAGAACUCGAAGACGAGUGGAGGGAACUCAAAGCUCAGCAGCUCCGCUUCGAGCUUAAAAAGCUUACUCACCCCGGGGACAGUUAGAAUCAAAGCCAUCACGGAGUAAUUUUAGUAAGGAGUCAAAGCCAUCAUGGAGAUUGAGAAGGAGAAGUUGAUAGAACUUCAUUUACUUAUUCUCGUUUUCAUUUAGUUAUUAUCGUUUUCAUUUAUUUUCGUCAUUUUCUGAAACAGGAUUAAUUGAUGUAGUUUUUGCUUAUAUCAAUUCUGUUUGAUAUUUACCAAU